UCUGAAUGGAUGAUGGCACUUCAGAGAUUGCCUCAGGGGCCACCAGAGCUGCUGUCAUUUGGGGAGUCUUGCUUUCUCUCCAGGAUGAAGAUGGGAAGGCAUUAUCAGAUGAGGACAUUCGAGAUGAAGCGGACACCUUCAUGUUUGAGGGCCAUGACACCACGGCCAGCGGCCUCUCCUGGGUCCUAUACAACCUCGCAAGGCACCCGGAAUACCAGGAGCGCUGCCGGCAGGAGGUGCAACAACUCCUGGGGGACCGUGAGCCUCAAGAGAUUGAAUGGUGAGUGCAGGUCCCCCUGGCCUCUUCCUGAGCCUCUCUCAUUGGCUCUGCCCCCAAAGUGGGGAAGAGGGAAGAUCUUUUGGUUGAUUCUGUCAUUGCGUCCUCCCAUUUAGUGGGAAUGGAAGCAGUGUCCAGAGGCAGGGUCUGGAACCCAGCCUGGAUAG